CCUGCAAAGGAGGGGGGCGCCUGGCGCCUCUGAGGAGCAGUGGGCGGCAGGAGCCCCCUGGAGCCCGGGGUGGAGGGGGAGGCAGCCGUGCCAGGCAGAACCAGGCCUGCCAGCCAGCCCCCCAGAGACGCCUGGCCCUGGCGCUCCGGGUGGGGAGGGGGGGGCCUUGCCCCUUUCCUCUCCUGCCCAGCAUGCAGGGCACAGGAGGGCGAGGAGGCGGAAGAAGCGCCUGGUGACAGGAGGAGGCGAAGGGGUUCCUCUUCCAGCGGAGGCCAGGAGGCAGCCCCAGGCUUGUCCCGUUGGGACCCCUCCACUCUGAGAAUGCCCCUCCGCAGUACUCGGCCAUAGGAUGACAGGCUCAGGGCUCCCAGGCUGGGCACAGUCGGGUGAUGGGCCGUGCUGUCAAGUCAUAGACCGCUUGGAGCGACCCCCUGUUGGGGCUUUCAAGGCAAGACCCUGAGAGAAGCCGUUUGCCAUUGCCUGCCCUGCCAAGCUACCCGGGUCUUCAUUGGUGGUCUCCAGUCCAAUUAUUAACCAAGCCUGACCCCGCUCAGCUUCUGAGAUCUGAUGAGAGCGGCUCUCCUGGACUCUCCAGGUCAGGCCACCACCCUUGUUAGGCACAGACAUCCAGAAGAAGAUCGACCACGAGAUCCGCAUGCGCGAGGGAGCCUGCAAGCUCCUGGCCGCCUGCACCCAGCGCGAGCAGGCCCUGGAGGCCACCAAGAGCCUGCUGGUCUGCAACAGCCGCAUUCUGGCCUACAUGGCUGAACUGCAGCGCAUGAAAGAGGCCCAAGUCAUGCAGCACAUGGCCCGGCGCCCUUCCGAUGCAGGUCCCACAGACGACCGCUUGCCAUGUCGGGGCAGAGUCUGCAUCUCAGAUAUCCGUAUCCCCCUGAUGUGGAAGGACACAGAAUAUUUCAAAAACAAGGGUGAUCUACACCGCUGUGCCGUGUUUUGCUUGCUACAGAUUGGCACGGAAAUUUACGACACUGAGAUGGUUCUGGUCGACCGGACACUAACAGAUAUCUGCUUUGAGAACACAAUCCUCUUCACGGAGUCAGGCCCGGACUUCGAGCUGAAAGUGGAACUGUACUGUGCGGGCCUGGAGGAGGACGCGGCACUUGGCAACACCCCGAAGAAGCUGGCCAGCCGUUUGAGCAGCUCUUUGGGGCGCUCGUCUGGGAAACGGGUUCGAGCGUCUCUGGAUGGGGGGGUGCCUGGCAGCCCCGUGAGCAAUGGAGGCAGCAGCCCCCUCUUGCUGCCAGCUCCCAGCGUGGCGGGCCCCAAGUACCAGCUGUUGGCAGGCACCACCCUCCGCCUGGCUGACGUGCAGGACGCCUUCCGCACCCACGAUCUCGUCAUCACUGGCCACGAGGAGAGCUCCUUUUGGCUGCCCCUGUACGGCAGUGUCUGCUGUCGGCUAGCUGCCCAGCCCAACUGCAUGGUCCACCAGGUGAUGUGUGGGUUCCUCAGGGUGCAGCAGGGUGAACAGCUAGGCUGGCUCCGGCUCUUUUGUGUUCUGCGUGGUGCCACCCUCCUCUGCUACCACCACCCCCAAGACGUCGAGGCCCAGGUGGAGCCCUCUUUCACCAUCACCGUCAGCAAGGAAACGCGCAUCCGGGCCUCGGAGAGGGACCCCAAGCGUCGCUUGCAGAGCAUGUUGGUAACCAACCGCUAUGGGGGCGAGGAGGUGACCCACACACUACAGGCAGAAAACCGGGCUGAGACUCAGCGUUGGAUGGAGGCCUUCUGGCAGCACUUCUAUGACAUGAGCCAGUGGAAGCACUGCUGUGACGAGCUGAUGAAGGUGGAGACCCCUUCGCCUCGCCGGCCUGCUGCCCCUCUGCCCAAGCAGGGAUCCUUGUAUCAUGAGACGGCUAUUGAACCCGUGGAUGACAUCGAGGCCGUGACGGAGAUCCUGGCACGUCGGGUGUCGGGCCUGGGUAGCCCUGUGUGGCUGUCCCUCUUCGAGGGGCCAGGGUCCCCUCCCACCGGGGCUUCAGACAGUGACAGCAACUCCAGCACCAGCCCCCGCCCACUGCGCCCCCCCUGGGGGCGGCCUCGCACUCUCUCUCUGGAUGCCAAGCUCAGCACCUUGAACGGACGCUCCGGCCGGCCGCCCCCUCCUCGGACCCGUGGCCCUUCGCACUCAAGCUCCAGUUCCUCCGGCAGUGGCAGCCCCACCCCUGAGCCCACCCGGCCCCCAUGCCCCCAGCCCCACCCUACCUUCGACCCUCGCCUGUGGCUGCAGUCCCAGGUCUAAGAAGAGGCUGGCCCAGGGCUGCCUCUGGCAGGGAGGCAGUCUCAGUGGCCGGGGGUGGGACAGGGCCUUGGAUUGGCGAGGCCAGUGGCUGUCUUGCCCGACCUAAGGAGGUGGCUGGCAGCUUUGGGGAGCCUCUGCCUGCCCUCUGCCCCCCUCCCCCAGGAGAGGCUGCUUCCCCUGAGAGCUUGGCUGCCUUCGCUUGGACCUCCAGCUGGCAACCUCCCGGCUCCCUCCAGCUGGGCUCCGAGUCUCCCUGGAAGUGAGUUUGGAGCUUGGGAACUCACCUCUUCCCCUGAGCUCCAGAGCUGGGCAGCUCUCCUGGCUGGAAGACUUCUGAGGGUGCGGGACCAGAAGCAAAGUCCCUUUCUUUUGGGGGGGGGGGGAGAAACUGGAAUGCCUUGGGCUGGGAAACGCUGCUGUCCUGGGGGCACGGGAGCAGGUGGCUGCCCCUUGACGGAAGGUGGCCUUCUCCAGGACGAGGCAGGGGGGCAAGUUGGUGUUGGAAUCUUGGCCCCCUUCAUUCCUCCCUCAUCCUGAGAUUCAGGGAUUUGUGCCAAUGCAGGGUGGGGUCCUGCCAGACAGCCAGCUGGGUCCCCCCUCCCCCCUUGGUCUGUGUCAAAGGGGACUGCCUCUGCUCCUUAACACACAUUAAAAUAUAUUUAACGUU